AGCGUCGGGAUUAGUGUCCCGGUCCUUGAAAGCGGCAGCUCUAGCCUUUAGCUCAGUGCGGUUGUUACUAAUUCUGGAUUCGUCAUUGACCUAAGUUUCUGUUCAUGAGGAAAGUUACUUCCUCAUUAUUAAAAGUGGGAGUGUCAAACCUAAUGUGUACAGAGCAGCGUUUCAGUUAAGGAGUCUGUCACCCCAUUGUGCUGUGUGUAACCCCAUGACAGGAAGUGUUUAAAUCCCUGAGCCGAGACUAACUACAGGAUGUGGAACAUAGCUGCAUUGGUGUUAGUGGUGGCAGGGUCUGCCUCUUGCUACAUCACCUGCCCUGAUGGGAAGGUCUGCUCUGAUCAAUCAACCUGCUGUUUGACUAAAGAAGGAUACGCCUGCUGUCCAGUUACCCAUGUUCAGUGGACAGCACUUGUUCAGGCCUCUGACAGCACCCCACAGGCUGGAGUCAUUCGCUGUGACACAAAAGUCUACUGCCCUUCUGGAACCAGCUGCUGCAAUGGACCGACUGGCAAAUGGAGCUGCUGCCCAUUCCCACUGGGCAAGUGCUGUGCAGAUGGCCAGCAUUGCUGUGAAUAUGGAUACACCUGUGACCCAACCUCAUUCAAGUGCAGGAAAGGUUACUCUCAGAUUCCUUCAGGUCUGAGGGAUGAUGCUAAGCAGGACUGACAAGAUGUCUUAUUAAUUAUAAUGUUGUCACUGUACUGGUAUUGGAUUGAACAAACAGAUUUGCUAGUUUAGCUAACCAAACCAUCAGUCCUAGCUUGCUAUUAUGAAAAUCGAAUUCAACAAUGUUUUCAAUUCUAAUUUUGCUUUCAAAAGCAACUCAAACAUAAAACAUGUAAAAAUGAACUAUAGCCAUUGAAUUCUACCCUGCAGAUAUAGCAUGCUUUAUAGGGAAAUAAUGCACGCUCUAGAAUGCCCUUCAAGACAAUCAGAAACGAUUGUUCAACAAUGUAUAACAUUACAUGUUGAAAGAAUGUUGAAUCAUGCCACCCACUCAUUCAUUGCAUAAAAGACAGAUCAAUACACUUCAAAUAAAUGACAU